CUAACAUGGCUGCCUUGAGGAGAUGGUGCUCCACUGCAGCUGCUGCUACCAGCAAGGGUACAAGAUGGGAGAGACUGCUGAACAGUCGUGCAGGUAUGUGGUGCCGCAGUCUUCUGAGUGACUAUAAAGAAGCAUGCCGUGAAAUAUUUGUUGGAGCAUAUGAGCGCCCUUUCAAAGCCAGUCUUUAUGUGGCUUUGCUUGGAGGUACAUACGCCUGUUACUACACCAAUCCAGACGACACGUCCUUCCAGUCUAGAAUACUAGAGACUUCCAACCAGCUUGCCCUCCUCUCUCCGUGGAUUCGUAGCGGCACAUCGGAUGGGCAUGUGCAGAGCUUGGCCAGGCUGCGCAACGAGGGCCGUUUGCGAUACGUCAGCCUGGGCAUUGUCUCGUUGGCCUACGUGGCAGACUACGACCCUGAGUCCAGCCUGUAUGAGGCACGGUGCUCUGCGCUUUCCGUGCCCUGGGCACAGUUGCCUGAACGUGUGCUGGACAUAGGGUUUGCUGGGCGCUGGUGGAUUUUGGAAAAUAAGAUGGAGAGCUAUGAUAUAAAUGAGGAGGAGUUCAAGCAUCUCCCACCUGCCCUGCUGGCCACAGCACCCCCUACAGCACAGCAGACAGAGAGAAAUGAGAGACUGCACCAGGAGUCCUGGAAGGCACUGGUGAUGGAGGGAGAAGAAGAGAUGGACAGUAUGCAGGAAGCUGGGGAGGUAACAGGGGAAGGAAAAGAGAGAAGUGCAAAACAGAACAUUUAAUAUGGUGUAUGUGUUGUGAUAAAGAACAAUUGCUGAUUUAGACUUGUGGACAUGUCAUGUAUGAGCAAAUGAAUUUGUGUGUAUCAGCCUGGAAGGACAUUUCUGAGCUCUUCUAUUUAUUGUGGCGCUGGAGCAACACAUAAAACUUCCUAUCACAUAUUACCACAGUGUCUUCUGAGAACAUGAAACUUAUAAAUCAUUGAUAAUUGCUUUCUGCUCUGCUUGUUUUAAGUGGCAAAAUGAUGAGUAACUAAAUUCAGUUUAUUAGAUACACCUACCUUGUAUCUUCACUCAUUGAAUACAUUUUUUUAGGAAUACACUGACUGACUGUGGUAAGUCUAUUGCUGUGCUCAGUUUGACAGCCCUCCCUCUACCCCAUUCAUCAAAGUACCACCACUGAGCAGGAAUGAUUUGGCUGGUGGCCUAUUCUCAGCACUGACAUUAUAGUGAAGGGGUAUUCAAAUGAGUAUAGAUUUUAUUUCACAUACUCAGCUCAAUUUGCUGAGAUAGUUUGCCAAAUCCUCAUCUGGACUGGGAUCUGCCAGUUGAUUUUGUGUGUAGGUGUGUCUGUGUCUGUGUGUGUGUGUGUGUGUGUGUUGGUACAAGUACAUCAUACACAGUGGUGUUGCUCGGAUUUUUAUACAGCUAAGAAAAGCCUAGCGGAAGAUUAACGCAAAUUGUGAACAGAAACUUAUAAUGAUGGAUAAAGAUGGAGCAACAAAAUAGGUGUGUCUAAUAAAAUGACCAGUAAGUGUAAAUGUUUGUUUAAAAACCACAACAACUGUGCCACACACACUGACAAGCCACUUCCAUGCCACUGUCACUGCCAUUACACAAACGAGAUGGAGCAACAAAGUAGGUGUGUCUAAUAAAAUGACUAGUAAGUGUAAA